AUGGGAACAACCCGCGGAACUAAUGCCUUGCUGGAGAGAAAAGGGGCACGCACUCUCUUUCUCGUUCUCGAAGCAGAAGAACGUAUCUCGUCAACCGGCGAAGUCUUACAGCCACUCAAUGAGGAGAAGAUACGUCAGCAACUAGCUCAAUGUCAUCAAGAAGGCUUUGAAUCUCUCGCCAUCUCAUUCUUGCAUGCUUAUCAAUAUUCACAGCACGAGCAAACCGCUGAGCGUAUUGCCCGGGAGGUUGGGUUCAAUUCUGUCAGUCGCUCCAGUGCAGUGGCUCAUUCCAUUAAGAUUGUCCCGCGAGCAGAGACCACCGUCCUCGAUGCCUAUUUGAACCCGAUUCUGACUGACUAUGUCGCUCGCAUCCGCUCAGGUCUUUCAUCAACGAGUACGCUCAAGCUGAUGACAUCGCAAGGUGGGCUGGUCAAUGGGGAACACUUCACUGGUAAGGACAGUAUUCUCUCUGGUCCGGCUGGAGGAGUGGUCGCGUUCUCCCGCAUCGGACAGGCAGCUGGUCAUCAGCAGUCCAUUGGCUUUGAUAUGGGAGGCACCAGCACCGAUGUCUCUCGCUUCGGUGGCGAGUUUGAAAUUCAGACGGAAACAACCAAAGCAGGCGUCCGUAUUGCCUCUCCAACGCUGGCAAUUGAAACUGUCGCUGCCGGAGGUGGGAGCAUUUGUCACUUCGAUGGUGUUCAACUUCAGGUUGGGCCCGAAAGUGCAGGGGCUAGCCCCGGACCAGCCUGCUACGGAGCUGGUGGCCCGCUAACGGUCACCGACAUGAACGUUCUGUUGGGCAGAGUUCUCCCGGACCAGUUUCCUUUUACAUUAGAUGUGGCUGCAAUUGAACAGAAGCUGGCAGCGAUCCGAGCGGACAUCCUUCAGAAGACGGGCCGCAACUAUUCAAACGAAGAGUUGGCUCAAGGUUUUAUCGACAUCGCCAAUGAAACGAUGGCACGGGCAAUCCGGCAAGUCUCUAUUCAAAAAGGAUAUCACCCGCAAGACCAUCUGCUGGUCAGCUUCGGCGGUGCGGGUGGUCAACAUGCCUGUGCGAUGGCACAGAGGCUCGGUAUGAAACGCCUGUUGAUUCAUCCCUAUGCAGGUAUUCUCAGUGCCUAUGGGAUGGGACUGGCGGAGAUCCGAAAACGAUCUGAAACAUCCGUUCUACAGCCGGUGGAUGAACUGACUUCGUCUGAGAUGGAACAAAUCCUUUCCGGGCUGAAGCACUCGCUUCUGGAGGCAAUGCAGGCAGAAGGUGUUGAGACCACCGCGAUUGAGGAGGUAAACAUCUCUUUCCGCUUGAGGUACCUCGGGCUGGACGCCUCGCUUGUUGUGGCUGCUGCGGAUUUGUCGUCUGCUGUUAAGAAGUAUCAUGCAGAACAUCAGCGACUCUUUAGUUAUUCACAGCCAAAUCGCACAGUCGAACUCGUUUCUAUUGUCGGCGAAGCGGUCGCUGGUCGUCAGGAGAUUUCAAAGAUUGCUGUCCCUGAAUUGAGUGGGGUGACUGCUGAAUCAACCUUGAUGACCGAGGUCUGGCAUGCGGGAAGUUGCCUGAAUGUUCCAGUCUACACUAGAGAAGCUCUGAUCGCCGGAGCGAAGAUCACUGGGCCUGCCAUUGUUUGUGACCUCGGGUCAACAGUCUGGAUUGAACCCGUAUUUCGCUGUUCUGUCUGUAAUGACGGUUCUUUACUAAUUGAAUUAGAAGAAACGACAGCAGCCACUGACCAGCCUUCCGCAGAAGGAGAAGAGAUUUUCGAGCCGGACCUCAUCCAGCUGGAAAUUUUCAACAACCAGUUCGCUUCUAUCGCUGAGCAAAUGGGACUAACGCUGCGGCAGACUUCCGUAUCAACCAAUGUGAAGGAACGGCUUGAUUACAGUUGUGCUAUCUUUGAUGCACAGGCCGGGCUGGUCGUUAACGCUCCGCAUAUUCCCGUCCACCUGGGAGCGAUGGGAGAGACUGUCAAAACACUCUUGGUUGAAUGUGAUGAUAUACUUCCGGGAGAUGUCUACGUCACGAAUGACCCCUACGCUGGAGGUUCGCACUUACCUGAUGUCACGGUAAUCACACCGGUGCACCAUGCUGAAACGAAAGAACUCUUGUUCCUGACUGCCAGUCGUGCGCACCAUGCUGAAAUCGGGGGGAUUCGUCCCGGGAGUAUGCCUCCCUUCUCAAAGAAUCUGGCUGAAGAAGGGGUUCUGAUCAGGCGGUUCAAACUGAUCGAUCAGGGAGAAGUACGCGAGGAAGAACUGGCUGACUUACUUAGUUCCGGGAAAUAUCCCUCUCGCAACGUGCAGGACAAUCUCGCGGACAUCCGGGCUCAGGUGGCAGCCAAUCAAUUUGGAGCGAAUCUGUUACUGGAAAUGGUCACGACAUACGGGCUCCCGCAGGUCCUCGCCUACAUGUCCUUCAUACAGCAGGCGGCCUGCAAGAAGAUGCAGCAGGCAUUAAGACGCAUCCCGGAUGGAGAAUAUUCCUUCACCGAUCAUCUGGAUGAUGGUUCCCCGAUUGCUGUCACCAUUUCAAUUGAAGAGGGUCAAGCAACGAUCGACUUUAACGGAACCGGGCCAGUCCUCUCUUCAAAUUUGAACGCCAAUCGAGCCAUCGUGACCGCUGCCUGUCUUUAUGUCUUUCGGACAUUGAUCGAAGACUCCAUUCCGCUCAAUAGUGGAGUGCUGGAGCCACUGGCGAUCAUCAUUCCCGAGUCGCUCUUAAACCCACCCCGGCAUGAUGACCCCCAACAAUGCGCAGCGAUGGUCGGCGGAAAUGUAGAAACUUCGCAGCGAGUAGUCGAUGUGUUGCUGGGUGCAUUAGGGACAGCAGCAGCCAGCCAGGGAACGAUGAACAACCUGACGUUUGGCGACGAUUCGUUUGGCUAUUACGAAACGAUUUGUGGCGGAGCCGGAGCGACAGCCAACGCUCCUGGAGCAGAUGCAGUCCAUACGCACAUGACAAAUACUCGCCUGACCGAUGUGGAAGUGAUCGAACACCGCUAUCCAGUGCGAGUCAAGCGUUUCGAGAUCAGACAAGAUUCCGGAGGAAACGGCAAGAACCCCGGCGGCAACGGCAUCAUCCGCACCUUUGAAUUCUUAAAGCCGCUGCAAGUUUCGCUGCUGACUCAACGCCGCGGCUCCUAUCCUCCCUUUGGCCUGGCAGGCGGUUCCCCGGGAAAAAUUGGGAAGAACAACAUCCAGAGAGCCAACUGUAAUGAGCCCGAAGAACUCAGCGGCUGCGUGCAACUCGAAGCCUACCCGGGAGAUCAAUUGACGAUAGAGACUCCCGGUGGCGGUGGGUAUGGGUAA